CUGCAUUAAACAAAUGUUUCCCCCAAAUGUCUCCGUAGCACCCGGAGCACCCGAACAUGAUGGUGAGAGAUGAAUCUGGAGAGCAUUGGCGUGGUGGAGGGCUCGCCAUGGAAUACCUGGAGCCUCAAAACGUCUGGAAAAUAAGCUUUGAGGGAUUGCUGAGAAAAGGUCCCUAUCGACAGCAGUGGAGCGAAGAGGAAGGCGAACUUGUAUCAGUUAAAUUCUCUCUUCACUGGGAGAACCUCACCGAAGUCUUCAACUUCAGCACCGACAGUCACCCCAGCACGUUUGUACGGGCCCUGGCCGAGGAACCGUGGAGCAUCGAGUUCUUCCAGAGGGUCAAAAAACAAAGGGAACAUUUCCGCCAUGAGCAGUGGGGCCACUCCGUUGGAGAAAUCGAAAUAGAAUCUCAUAAGAAGACAGAACUUUCCCUCAAAGGCAUUCGGAGCCACUCUUACGGUAUCCGGAACUGGUCUGACAUUUACCGUUAUGUCAUGAUUUUGGCACGCUUUGAGGAUGGGACCGCCACACAUUUAACAGUUAUUAAUAUGCCAGCAACUAUGACUAACCUCUCCGUAGGCUACGUCUUUUUCCCGGAUGGGAGGAAGGCUGGUAUCGAGUGGUCCAACGCCUCGCUGGCCGAGCUGGCCGCUGACGGGGUUAUUGAGGAUGAAUAUGCAGUGAGUUUUACUGCAGGUGGCAAGUUCUUCUCCAUCUCUGCCACGCUGGACACACGAGCCUGCCCCGUGGUGUACGAUGGGCUCAGGGGGAGCCACGUGUUCCACGAGUGCAUUGCUGACUUCCAGCUGGACGGGAUAAUGCCAGGCUGGGGCCUGAUGGAGUUUUAUUACAGGCUAGACUUGACGGACACAAUAUGCCAAAUUCCAUCUGUGGCCUCAAUUCGUAAAAUUUGA